AUUGUGAAGAAUGGCAGACCUCCAACAUCACACAGCAUGCACUCAUUUCUUCAUCAGUAUACAGGAUCCUUCAAAAAACCUCCAUUACGAAGACCACACAGCGUUAUAGGGGGAAGUCUGGGUUCUUUUAUGGCAAUGCCAAGAAAUGGGAGCAGAUUAGAUAUUGUACACGAAAACCUAAAAAUGGGAUCAGAUGGUGAAAGUGACCAAGCUUCUGGAACAUCAUCUGAUGAAGUUCAGUCCCCAACAGGUGUUUGUCUCAGGAACAGGAUACACAGACGAAUAUCUAUGGAGGACUUGAAUAAACGUUUGUCACUGCCUGCAGACAUUAGGAUACCUGAUGGAUAUCUUGAAAAGUUGCAAAUAAAUAGUCCACCAUUUGAUCAACCAAUGAGUCGACGAUCUCGUAGAGCAUCAUUGUCUGAAAUCGGAUUUGGAAAAAUGGAAACGUAUGUUAAAUUGGAAAAGCUUGGUGAGGGUACAUAUGCAACAGUAUAUAAAGGAAGAAGUAAGCUGACUGAAAAUCUAGUAGCUUUAAAAGAAAUCAGAUUAGAGCAUGAAGAGGGUGCACCGUGCACAGCUAUUAGAGAAGUGUCAUUGCUAAAAGAUCUAAAACAUGCAAAUAUUGUUACGUUACAUGAUAUUGUCCAUACAGACAAAUCAUUAACUCUUGUAUUUGAAUAUCUGGACAAAGACCUAAAGCAAUAUAUGGAUGACUGUGGGAACAUUAUGAGUGUGCAUAAUGUAAAGUUAUUUUUAUACCAGAUUCUGCGUGGUUUGGCCUAUUGUCACAGAAGAAAAGUACUACACCGGGACCUAAAACCACAAAAUCUACUAAUUAAUGAAAGAGGAGAAUUAAAGCUAGCAGACUUUGGCCUGGCUAGAGCAAAAUCUGUUCCUACGAAGACAUAUUCAAAUGAAGUUGUCACAUUGUGGUAUAGGCCUCCAGAUGUUCUCCUUGGAUCUUCUGAAUAUUCCACACAAAUCGAUAUGUGGGGAGUUGGAUGUAUAUUUUUUGAAAUGGCAUCAGGAAGACCUCUCUUUCCUGGGUCAACAGUUGAAGAUGAAUUGCACUUAAUUUUCAGACUUCUAGGAACUCCUUCACAAGAAACAUGGCCAGGCAUUACUUCCAGUGAUGAGUUUAGGAAUUACAACUUUCCCAAAUACAAGCAACAACCUUUGAUCAACCACGCUCCAAGGCUGGAUUCAGAAGGGAUCGAACUGAUAGUAAAAUUUCUUCAAUAUGAAUCAAAGAAAAGAAUAUCAGCAGAAGAGGCUAUGAAACAUGCAUAUUUCAGAAGUCUUGGAACUAGAAUACAUAUUUUACCAGAAAGUGUAUCAAUAUUCACUUUGAAAGAAAUUCAACUCCAAAAAGAUCCAGGCUUUCGAAAUUCCACUUAUCCAGAGACAGGACAUGGGAAGAACAGAAGACAAAGCAUGCUUUUCUGAGGCAGGCUGUGCUAUUUCAAACCAAGGCUGGUUUUGCUUCCAUCAAGGACUCUAGUCUAAAGGCAAUUCUUCCCUUGGUGGACUUGAAAUCUGUUUGUCUACACUGUCUUCCUCACAGUGCCGUCUUUUUAUUUUGGACCUACUGGUUAUUUUUUUUAAAUAUAUAUGUAAAUAUAUAUAUAUAUAUAUAUAUAUAUAUAUAUUUGUUGUCACAAUGUGACAAUUUUUUGUACAGUCAAAUUAAGGUCUUCUCCAUUAGAUCCAGUAGGUUAUAACUGUUAAUGUAACAGUAGCUGCAAUUUUUAUGCAGGACUGAGAAACACAGUGCAUUAUUUAUUGUGUAAUCAUUGCUGCUAAAUAACUACUGUCUGUAUAGUUAAGAACCGAAUGCCUGAAAGAGUUGCAAUGGGUUUACUGUAUAUGCUAUGUGAAUGCCUUGUUUCUCUUCUCUUCAUUGCUGCAGUUUUAUAUCUUGUUUUUUUCUUUAACUGCAAUGUUUCCUGGAAUGUAAACACAGCUUUCUUGACAAAAGAUACUAUUUACUUUAACACUCUCUUGUUCUUGGCCUGUAAAUUUCUGAUUUAACAUUAGAUGUAAAGUACUUAGAAUGCUACCAAAUAUC